UCACUGUUAGGUGAUUGUUUAACUUAAUCAGCUUUAAAAAAAUAGUUGUUAAUUACGUUAUAUUUUAUGUUGGUCUAAAUGAUUUUUGGUUCUUUGAUUCUCAAGUACUUUUAUUUAAAGAGUUUGAUGCAUAAAGUAGGAAGAGAGAAGGACGACAUAUCUAACAAAAUUAAAACUGGAAGGAAUACAAUACUUGGAUGGUUUCCAAUUCUGAGAUUUUAUGAUCAGUGGCCAAAUGUUCCUUACACAGUGUAUAUUAUGUGGAAUCAUACCAUAUUAUUUAUAUUUAUUUGCCCCUGUUUCUCCUCCUGCUGCUGGUGGAGCACAGAUUCUGAAAAGAGAAUAUUUGAGAAACUCUAUUAUUGCUUAUCAAAGAAAACCUAGAUAUUUAGGAUUAGAAGUCUACUAAUUCCUGUUGAUGUAUGAUAACUUUAUCUUUCCCCUAAUUUAGAGCCCCAUUGUCUUUAUUGUGUAAUAGAGAUAGUUUAAGAACAGUGUUUUAAAACAGCUGAAAAUAAGAUUAAAAAAUAAACAUAUUUUGGAUAACCCCUAGUUAGCAUAUUAAGUACUUCUUUUCAUUUUAUUAUCAUUUUAGAUAUGCACUAACCUAGUUUCCAGACUUAUUUGAAAAUGAAAUUUAAUAUAUUUAUACCCACUAAAAUAAGUGGAAAGAUAGAAGAAAGAAAGAAGAAGAUAGAAGUGAAGAUAUCGAAUUAUUUAUUAGUAGAUCAUAAAGUAAUUAUUGAAAAAAAUUUAAACAAAGGACUUCGUAGACAGUGACUCAACUCUUGCUCAGUCAUAUCUGGCCAUUAAAACCAGCACAAGAAUGAUUUAGGUUAAACAAGAAUGUGCCACUGAAAAAAUAUGUUCUUGUGUAGAUAUUUGUAAUUUACCAUGUCUGAGUUUAUAAAAAAACUUUAGUAAUAUUAACUAGUGGUAAAUAUGUGUAACAGUGGUACUUGAAGAUGCAUUAAGUCUUAUUAUUUGGUGAAAUGUAAAGCGGUGUGGUUCUAAGAACAAAUGUAUUUAAUGAUCAUUUACUAUUUAAGCUAUUAGUUAAAAUUUGAAAGUUGGCCGUGGAGUAGGAUGAGGACAGCUUUUAGCUAAUGUGAAUUAUAAUUUGUAUUUUUAAUGAUUGUUAAAAAUAGCAAUUCUUUGAUUUAUGUAAUCAUAUUGAUCUAUACCACAGAAAAACUAAGGCUUUUGGAUAUCUCUGGGUGUUAGAAAUAUUUUUGGCAUGGUGGAAGUAGAAUUUCAGUUACAUAAGAAUUGUAAGUUGAUUUUCUCUUAUUACCUGGAUUUGAAUCAUAUUGAUAAAUACAUAACUAGAUAUAUUCUAGAACCAGUCAGUGCUUGUUGGGGAACGAAUGGGGGAGGGUUUACUCAGCAGUAUUCUCCUUUAGUUUGGUCAUGAAAUGAGGACUGCUUUAUGUAAAUUGUUCUUACUGGUGCCAGCUAGCUGUAACUGCAGUCUGGCUGUGCUAGGGCAGCAAAUAAUAUGUGUCAUGGAUUUUCUGUUUGGAAUGUAUAAGAAUUCAGCCUUUUGGACUGAAAGAACAGAGUUGAUGCUUUAGAAUAAGAGUACUGAGACCUCCACAACUGACAAUAUGUGGAAUAACGAGAAGCUAUAAGCCUUUAAAGCUUAUAGUUCUGCUUUUAUAGCUUUAUGCCUAUUGAUACUAUUGGGUAAUAUGUGGGAGGUACUUAACUGCACACAGUUGCUGCAGUCCUAAUAGUUGGCAGAAUAGAAAGCAGUACAAAAGAAUUCUGAUUCUAGGCAUCUUCACUUGCAACAGUCCUUUGGAAGAUGUACUUUGUGUGUUCUGUGAGCUUCACUGGCAUACUGUCUGACGUUUUUUGGCUUUUGUGGUUAAUGGGAUGUUUGCUGCACAAACUAUACAACAGAUGUGAACCACUGUUUGAAAGGAAUUUUAAUAUGUAGCCAAUCUACUGUAUGCCUGUUUUUAUUUUUUUUAUUUUUUAUGAAUAUGAACCAGGCAAAGAAUUUAGGCUCAAGAAGGCUGUUCUAGAAGUCUGCAUUAGCUUUUAAUGUUUAUACAAAUGAACUAAGUAGCAGUGGUUCACAGAAGAGGAAGCCCUUUUCACAGUAUCAAGCUACCCACAGAUUCAAAAUGGAUAGUAUAGAAGAACCUCAGAAAAAAGUCUUCAAGGCUCGAAAAACAAUGAGAGUGAGUGAUCGUCAGCAGCUUGAAGCAGUGUACAAGGUCAAAGAGGAACUGUUGAAAGCUGAUGUCAAGCUAUUAAAUGGCAACCAUGAAAAUGGAGAUUUGGACCCAACUUCACCUUUGGAAAAUAUGGAUUAUAUUAUUGACAAGGAGGAGGUGAAUGGCAUUGAAGAGCUUUGUUUUGACCCUGAAAAAAGUAAAUCAGAAUGGAAAGAAACCUCCUGUACCUUAAAUGUUAAUGUAAAAAAUAAGCAGGAUGAUGACUUAAAGCAUGAACCUUUGUCUCCUAAUAAUACAGCUCCUGAACUAGUCUGUAAACUGACUGCUGAACCAUCUUCUGAUGAGCCAGCCUCUGGUGAUCUGGCUAUGGGAGAUCCAGCUGCUGGAGAUUCAGCCCCUGAAGAUCUGGCCUCUGAAGUACUAACCUCUGGUGAUCCUGCCUGUGGCGAUCCCACUUCUGGUGAUCCCACCUCCGGUGAUCUCACCUCUGGCGAUCCCACCUCUGGUGGAAUAGUCUCUGGUGAAACAGUCUCCAGUGAACCAUUCUCUGGUGACUUGGUCUCUGGUGAAUCAGUCCCUGGUGAAUCAGUCUCUGCUGAGCCAGUGUCUAGUGAUCCGGCCUCUGAUGAUUCAGCCUCUGGUGAUCUGUCCUCCGAAGCCCUGGCCUCUGAUGAUCCAGCCUCUAGUGAUCCGGCUUCUGGUGAUCCAGCCUCUGGUGAUCCAGCUUCUGGUGAUCUGCCCUCUGACGAACCCACUUCUGAUGAACUGACUUCUGAAUCAGCCUUUGAUCCUACCUUUGAACCAAGUUCUGUACCAGUUUGUGAAUCUGUUCCUGAAACUGACAUUACAGAACCUAGUAGCAAUAAAGGUGGUGAUUUUCUUGAGAAAAAUAGUGAUGAUGAAAAGUUAGACCAAAUUUUCUCAUUUGACGAGAAAAAUAAGGCUGAUAGUAAUGUUGAUGGCGAUGAAGAAACUCUAGAAACAGAUGAUACAGUUAUUUGUUCAGAUCUACCUCCUGAAAAUGAAAAGAAAGUAAAGGAAGAUACUGUCACAGAACCUGCUCUUGGAGAGGAGGCUAUAUCUAGCAGUAUGGAAAUUGACCAAAGUGAAAAGAAUGAAAAUGAAAAUUCUGCAGACCUUUCAGAAACCAUUAGUGAAAAUGUUACAAAAGAUGAGAAAAAUGAGAUUAUCUUGGAAAACACAGAUUCUAUGGAGACAGAUGAAAUUAUUCCUAUUUUGGAAAAGCUUGCACCUGCCGAGGAUGAACUUACUUGCUUUUCUAAAACUUCUCUUCUUCCAAUUGAUGAGACAAAUCCAGAUUUGGAAGAGAAGAUGGAAGGUUCUUUUGGUUCCCCAUCCAAACAAGAAAGUAGUGAGAGUUUGCCAAAAGAAGCCUUUUUGGUCCUUUCUGAUGAGGAGGAUAUUUCUGGUGAAAAAGAGGAGUCUGAAGUUGUACCACAAAAUGAAACAUGCUCUCCAGCAGAAGUAGAAACUAACGAAAAGGACAGCAAACCUGAGGAAGAAGAGCAAGUAAUAAAUGAAGAUGAAAGACCUUCUGAGAAAAGUGAAUUUUCCAGAAGAAAGCGUUCUAAGUCAGAGGACAUGGACAAUGUACAGUCCAAACGUCGUCGAUACAUGGAAGAAGAAUAUGAGGCAGAAUUUCAAGUGAAGAUUACAGCCAAGGGAGAUAUUAACCAGAAGCUACAAAAGGUUGUACAGUGGUUGCUAGAAGAAAAAUUGUGUGCGCUACAGUGUGCUGUAUUUGAUAAGACUUUGGCAGAAUUGAAAACACGAGUGGAAAAGAUUGAAUGCAACAAGAGACAUAAAACAGUUAUUACUGAACUACAGGCCAAGAUAGCGAGGUUAACCAAACGCUUUGGAGCAGCCAAAGAAGAUCUUAAGAAAAGACAAGAAAAUCCACCAAACCCACCUGUAUCACCAGGAAAGUCUGUGGUUGACGUCAACAGCAAUAAUAACAAUGUGCCAUACAGAAAUGCAGGCACAGUGAGACAGAUGCUGGAGUCCAAAAGGAAUGUAAGUGAGAGUGCACCAACAUCCUUUCCAACCCCUGUGAAUACAGUAUCUUCAACCAAUCUUGUCACUCCUCCAACAGUUGUCAGUAGUCAACCUAAGUUGCAGACUCCAGUUACUUCGGGUUCUCUGACAGCAACGUCAGUUCUUCCUGCACCCAACACAGCUACAGUAGUUGCUACUACUCAGGUGCCUAGUGGAAAUCCCCAACCUACAAUCUCUUUACAACCUUUACCAGUGAUUUUGCAUGUACCUGUUGCGGUAUCCUCCCAGCCUCAACUCCUACAGAGCCAUCCAGGGACUUUAGUGACCAAUCAACCGUCUGGCAACGUUGAGUUCAUUUCUGUACAAAGCCCACCUACUGUGAGUGGUCUCACCAAAAAUCCAGUAUCCUUGCCAGCCUUGCCAAACCCCUCUAAACCAAACAAUGUUCCUUCUGUGGCCAGUCCUAGUAUUCAAAGGAACUCUCCUGCCAGUGCUGCAACCUUAGGAACAACACUUGCUGUACAGGCUGUUCCAACAGCACACUCUAUUGUACAAGCCACAAGGACUUCUUUACCUACAGUAGGCCCAUCGGGACUCUAUAGUCCAUCAAAUAAUCGAGGUCCUAUACAGAUGAAAAUUCCAAUUUCUGCUUUUAGUACUUCGUCUCCUGCAGAACAGAGCAGCACUACUACCCCAAGAAUUGAAAACCAGACAAACAAAACAAUAGAUGCUUCUGUUAAUAAGAAAGCAGCUGAUAGCACAUCACAGAGUGGAAAAGCCACAGGCAGUGAUUCGGGUGGUGUCAUUGAUCUCACAAUGGAUGAUGAAGAGAAUGGAGCUUCACAAGACCCGAAAAAGCUAAAUCAUACCCCUGUGUCAACCGUGGGUUCUUCUCAGCCUGUGUCUCGACCAUUGCAACCCAUCCAGCCAGCACCACCUCUUCAACCAUCUGGGGUGCCAACAAGUGGACCAUCACAGACAACCAUACAUUUACUACCUACAGCUCCAACCACCGUGAAUGUAACACAUCGUCCAGUAACUCAGGUGACCACAAGACUUCCUGUACCGAGAGCGCCUGCAAACCACCAAGUGGUUUAUACAACUCUCCCAGCACCACCAGCUCAGGCUCCCCUGCGAGGAACUGUUAUGCAGGCUCCUGCUGUUCGGCAGGUCAAUCCCCAAAACAGUGUCACAGUUCGAGUGCCUCAAGCAACUACAUAUGUUGUAAACAAUGGACUAACCCUGGGAUCAACAGGACCUCAGCUCACAGUGCAUCACCGACCACCACAAGUGCAUACUGAGCCCCCCCGCCCUGUGCACCCAGCACCCUUACCAGAAGCCCCACAGCCACAGCGUCUGCCCCCAGAAGCUGCCAGCACAUCUCUGCCUCAGAAGCCACACUUGAAGUUAGCACGAGUUCAGAGUCAAAACGGCAUUGUACUGUCAUGGAGUGUCCUGGAGGUAGAUCGAAGCUGUGCCACGGUGGACAGCUAUCAUCUCUAUGCUUACCAUGAGGAACCCAGUGCCACUGUGCCCUCACAAUGGAAAAAGAUUGGAGAAGUAAAGGCACUUCCCUUGCCCAUGGCAUGCACUCUCACCCAGUUUGUAUCUGGCAGCAAAUACUACUUUGCAGUACGAGCCAAGGAUAUUUAUGGACGUUUUGGACCUUUCUGUGAUCCUCAGUCAACAGAUGUGAUCUCUUCUUCCCAGAGCAGUUAAACCUUGGAGCCUCUAUCUCUUCCUCUUUCUGACUUCCACUUUUUGGUCUUGUUUUAAUCUUGUGCAUGAUACCCAUUGUAAAAUCCACAUUGUGCAAGAUUUCUUGGACAGCUGUGUAUAUACACUACAUUUGUUUAUAAUCAGAAGUAAAAUAAACAGCCCAUAAAGCAA